GUGCGCUCGUGUUAGCUGAGCCAUUGUAACGUAUGGGAAACGCAUUUUCUUGUGUGUAACUCUGUGGACACUGUGGAGACAAAUCUCAUGCUACAGAUCUAAACAGUGCACCGAUGCGCCCAUCGUCUCCGUAAAAAGGCAGAGUCAAGUCAGCUCUGUGGCUGUUUACAGUCGGCGGGGCCGGUUCACUUUGAGCAAGAGUGCGCUAAAAGCCACAAGAGAAAACCCGCACCAUGGCGGAUGUUACUGCGCGUAGCCUGCAGUAUGAGUACAAAGCGAACUCCAACUUGGUGUUACAAGCUGAUCGCUCUCUGAUCGACCGCACCCGGAGAGAUGAACCUACCGGAGAGGUGUUGUCCCUGGUGGGGAAGCUGGAGGGGACCAAGAUGGGUGACAAGGCUCAGAGGACCAAACCCCAGAAGCUGGAGGAGAGACGAGACAAGAGACGAAAAAGAGAUGAAGACAGACACGAUAUCAACAAAAUGAAGGGCUUUACCCUUCUGUCUGAAGGCAUUGAUGAAAUGGUGGGCAUUGUGUACAAGCCUAAGACCAAAGAGACCAGAGAGACCUAUGAGGUGUUGCUUAGCUUCAUCCAUGCUGCUUUGGGAGAUCAGCCGCGUGAUAUUCUGUGCGGAGCAGCUGAUGAAGUGUUGGCAGUGCUGAAGAAUGACAAAAUGAGGGAUAAAGAGAGGCGGCGUGAAGUAGAGCAGCUUCUUGGACCCGCUGAUGACACACGCUACCACGUGCUGGUUAAUCUGGGCAAGAAGAUCACAGACUAUGGGGGGGACAAGGACUUACAGAACAUGGAUGACAACAUCGAUGAAACCUAUGGUGUGAAUGUCCAGUUUGAAUCUGAUGAGGAGGAAGGGGAUGAAGACCAGUUUGGUGAAGUACGAGAUGAACACUCAGAUGAAGACAGUGAAGGAGAGGAAGCAGAUGUGGGCUGCACUCUUUCAGCCAAUCUUGGUGUCACAGGUGAUGUGAUGACAGUGAAGAAAAAAGAUCUACAUCCUCGAGACAUCGAUGCCUUUUGGCUCCAGCGUCAGCUCAGCCGUUUCUACGAUGAUGCCAUUGUCUCUCAAAAGAAGGCUGAUGAAGUCUUAGAAAUCCUCAAGACUGCCAGCGACGAUAGAGAAUGUGAGAACCAGCUGGUGCUGCUGCUGGGCUUCAACACCUUUGAUUUCAUCAAAAUCCUCCGUCAGCAUCGUCGCAUGAUCCAGUAUUGCACCAUGCUGGCAAGUGCUCAGAGUGAGGCAGAAAAGGAACGGAUCAUAGGAAAGAUGGAGUCCGACCAGGAGCUGUCAAAGAUUCUGUACCAGCUGCAAGAGACAGAGAAGGAGGAUAUUAUUCGAGAGGAGCGAUCUCGCAGGGAGAGGGUGAGGAAGUCUCGUGUUGAUGACUUGGAAGCAAUGGACAUUGACCAUGGAGAGUCAAUGGCCCCUCGGCAGUUGCUAGACCUGGAGGAUCUGACCUUUACCCAGGGCAGCCAUUUCAUGGCUAACAAGCGUUGCCAGCUCCCUGACGGCUCUUUUCGUAAACAGCGCAAAGGCUAUGAAGAAGUUCAUGUGCCUGCUCUCAAACCCAAGCCCUUUGCUGAAGACGAGGUUCUUGUCGCUAUUGAGAAGCUGCCCAAGUAUGCCCAGGCUGGAUUUGAGGGAUUCAAAACCUUGAACCGCAUCCAGAGCAAGCUGUUUAAGACCACCAUGGAGACAGAUGAGAACCUGCUUGUGUGUGCGCCUACGGGAGCUGGUAAGACCAAUGUGGCCCUGAUGGCAAUGUUGAGGGAAAUUGGAAAGCACAUCAACAUGGAUGGAACCAUAAAUGUGGAUGACUUCAAAAUCAUCUACAUCGCACCCAUGCGCUCACUAGUACAGGAGAUGGUGGGAAGUUUUAGCAAGCGUUUGGCAAGUUAUGGCAUCACAGUGUCUGAGCUGACAGGAGACCACCAGCUCUGUAAAGAGGAGAUUAACGCCACUCAAAUCAUAGUCUGCACCCCAGAGAAGUGGGACAUCAUCACCCGUAAAGGUGGAGAACGUACCUACACCCAGCUAGUGCGCCUCAUUAUCAUUGAUGAAAUCCACCUGCUGCACGAUGAUCGUGGGCCCGUGCUGGAAUCUCUGGUGGCGAGGACCAUCCGCAAUGUGGAGCUGACCCAGGAGGAUGUGCGUCUGCUUGGCCUCAGUGCCACGCUGCCCAACUACGAGGAUGUGGCUACCUGCCUGCGUGUAGAUCCAGCUAAGGGACUCUUCUACUUCGACAACAGUUUCCGCCCUGUGCCCUUGGAGCAGACUUAUGUUGGUAUUACAGAGAAGAAGGCCAUCAAGCGUUUCCAGAUCAUGAAUGAGAUUGUGUAUGAAAAGAUAAUGGAGCAUGCUGGGAAGAACCAGGUGCUAGUGUUUGUCCACUCCAGGAAGGAGACAGGAAAGACUGCCAGAGCAAUAAGGGACAUGUGUUUGGAGAAGGACACACUGGGUCUUUUCCUCAGGGAGGGUUCAGCAUCCACUGAGGUGUUGAGAACUGAGGCAGAGCAGUGCAAGAACCUCGAGCUGAAGGAUUUGCUGCCUUAUGGUUUCGCCAUCCACCAUGCUGGUAUGACCAGAGUGGACCGUACACUGGUAGAGGAUCUGUUUGCCGAUCGACACAUCCAGGUUCUGGUGUCAACAGCCACUCUGGCUUGGGGUGUCAACCUGCCGGCGCACACUGUCAUCAUCAAAGGAACGCAAGUGUACAGCCCAGAGAAAGGCAGAUGGACUGAGCUCGGAGCCCUGGACAUUUUACAGAUGCUUGGUCGAGCCGGUCGUCCUCAGUACGACACCAAGGGAGAGGGAAUCCUGAUCACGUCCCACGGAGAGCUGCAGUAUUACCUGUCCUUGCUCAACCAGCAGCUGCCCAUCGAGAGUCAGAUGGUGGGCAAGCUGCCUGACAUGCUCAAUGCAGAGAUAGUACUGGGCAAUGUGCAGAAUGUUAAGGACGCUGUGAACUGGCUGGGCUACACCUACUUGUAUGUGCGCAUGCUCCGCAACCCCACCCUGUAUGGUGUCUCUCACGACGACCGGAGUUCAGACCCCCUGCUGGAGAGGCGCAGGAUGGACCUGGUGCACACGGCGGCCAAUGUCCUGGACAAGAACAGCCUGAUCAAAUACGACAAGAGGACAGGCAGCUUCCAGGUUACAGACCUGGGACGCAUUGCCAGUCACUUCUACAUCACCCAUGACUCCAUUCAGACCUACAACCAGCUGCUGAAACCCACUCUCAGCGAGAUCGAGCUCUUCAGAGUCUUUUCACUCUCCUCAGAGUUCAGGAACAUCACAGUGAGAGAGGAGGAGAAGCUGGAGCUUCAGAAGCUUCUGGAAAGAGUUCCUAUUCCUGUGAAGGAGAGCAUCGAGGAGCCCAGUGCUAAGAUCAAUGUGCUGCUCCAGGCAUACAUCUCUCAGCUCAAACUGGAAGGGUUUGCUCUCAUGGCAGACAUGGUCUAUGUUACACAGAGUGCUGGAAGGUUAAUGCGGGCCAUAUUUGAGAUCGUGCUGAACAGGGGCUGGGCUCAGCUCACAGACAAGACCAUGAAUCUUUGCAAGAUGAUUGACAAGAGAAUGUGGCAGUCGAUGUCUCCCCUGCGGCAGUUCAAGAAGCUGCCAGAGGAGGUGAUCAAGAAGAUCGAGAAGAAAAACUUCCCCUUUGAGCGUCUCUACGACCUCAACCACAAUGAGAUUGGUGAGCUGAUCCGAAUGCCAAAGAUGGGGAAGACCAUCCACAAAUACGUCCACCAGUUCCCCAAACUGGACCUGGCCGUCCAUCUGCAGCCCAUCACCCGCUCCACGCUCAAAGUGGAGCUCACCAUCACUCCUGACUUCCAGUGGGACGACAAGAUUCAUGGAUCAUCUGAGGCUUUCUGGAUCCUGGUUGAGGAUGUGGACAGUGAGGUCAUUCUCCACCACGAGUACUUCCUGCUCAAAGCCAAGUACGCCCAGGACGAACACCUGGUGACUUUCUUUGUCCCAGUGUUCGAGCCUCUGCCACCACAGUACUUCAUCCGUGUGGUGUCAGACCGAUGGCUCUCCUGUGAGACUCAGCUCCCAGUGUCCUUCCGUCACCUGAUCCUACCAGAGAAGUACCCCCCACCUACUGAGCUGCUGGACCUGCAGCCUCUGCCUGUCACUGCUCUCAGGAACUCUGCCUUUGAGGCUCUCUACCAGAACAAGUUCCCCUUCUUCAACCCCAUUCAGACACAAGUGUUCAAUGCUGUGUACAACAGUGACGAUAACGUGUUUGUGGGAGCUCCCACCGGCAGUGGGAAGACCAUCUGUGCUGAGUUUGCUAUUCUGAGGAUGCUGCUGCACAACGCAGAAGGUCGCUGCGUCUACAUCACCCCCAUGGAAGCUUUGGCCGAGCAGGUAUUUGUCGACUGGCACCAGAAGUUCCAGGACAUCCUGAACAAGAAGGUGGUGCUGCUGACGGGAGAGACGAGCACAGAUCUGAAGCUCUUGGGAAAAGGUGACAUCAUUGUCAGUACCCCUGACAAAUGGGACAUCCUGUCUCGUCGCUGGAAACAGAGGAAGAACGUCCAGAACGUCAGCCUUUUCAUUGUGGAUGAGGCGCACCUCAUCGGAGGAGAAAACGGACCUGUGUUAGAGGUCAUCUGCUCCAGGAUGAGGUACAUCUCCUCUCAGAUUGAGCGCCCCAUCCGCAUCGUGGCCCUCAGCUCGUCCUUGUCCAACGCCAAAGACGUGGCUCACUGGCUGGGCUGCAGCACCACGGCCACAUUCAACUUCCACCCCAACGUCAGGCCCGUGCCUCUAGAGCUGCACAUCCAGGGCUUCAAUGUGAGUCACACCCAGACUCGCCUGCUGUCCAUGGCUAAGCCAGUAUACCACGCCAUCAUGAAGCACUCUCCCUCCAAACCGGCCGUGGUGUUCGUCCCAUCCCGCAGGCAGACUCGCCUCACAGCCAUCGACAUCCUCACUUUCUGUGCUGCCGACGUGGUCCCUCAGAGGUUCUUGCAUUGCACUGAGAAAGACCUCGCUCCAUUCCUGGAGAAAAUAAAUGACUCAACUUUGAAAGAAACUCUGGCCAACGGCGUGGGCUACCUGCACGAGGGCCUGUCUGCAACUGAACGCAAAAUAGUGGAGCAGCUCUUCAACUCAGGCGCCGUUCAGGUGGUGGUGUCCUCUCGCUCACUCUGCUGGGGCAUCAACAUCUCGGCACAUCUCGUCAUCGUCAUGGACACUCAGUACUACAAUGGCAAAAUCCAUGCAUAUGUGGAUUAUCCCAUAUAUGACGUGCUCCAGAUGGUGGGCAAGGCAAACAGACCCAUGCUGGAUGACGAAGGACGCUGUGUCAUCAUGUGUCAGGGCUCCAAGAAGGACUUCUUCAAGAAGUUCCUGUACGAGCCGCUGCCGGUGGAGUCUCACUUGGACCACUGCCUCCACGACCACUUCAACGCCGAGAUUGUCACCAAGACGGUGGAGAACAAGCAGGACGCCGUGGACUACCUGACAUGGACAUUCCUCUACCGCCGUAUGACCCAGAACCCCAACUACUACAACCUGCAAGGCAUGUCCCAUCGUCACCUGUCAGACCACCUGUCUGAGCUGGUUGAAAACACUUUACACGACCUGGAGCAGUCCAAGUGCAUCAGCAUAGAGGAUGAGAUGGACGUAGCACCACUCAAUUUGGGCAUGAUCGCCGCCUACUACUACAUCAACUACACCACCAUCGAGUUGUUCAGCAUGUCCCUGAAUGCAAAGACAAAGAUCCGUGGGUUAAUUGAGAUCAUUUCUAACGCCGCUGAGUACAAGAACAUUCCCAUCAGACACCACGAAGACACACUUCUCCGACAGCUGGCACAGAAAGUGCCGCACAAACUGAACAACCCUAAGUUCAACGAUCCCCAUGUGAAGACCAACCUGCUGCUGCAAGCCCAUCUCUCCAGGAUGCAGCUGAGCGCUGAGCUGCAGUCAGACACCGAGGAGAUCCUGAGCAAGGCGAUCCGUCUGAUCCAGGCCUGCGUGGACGUGCUGUCCAGUAACGGCUGGCUGAGUCCGGCCCUGGCAGCUAUGGAGCUGGCUCAGAUGGUCACCCAGGCCAUGUGGUCCAAGGACUCGUACCUCAAACAGCUGCCCUUCUUCACCUCAGAGCACAUCAAGCGCUGCACAGAAAAGGGUGUGGAGAGCAUCUUUGACAUCAUGGAGAUGGAGGAUGAAGACAGAACUGCUUUGCUGCAGCUCUCAGACGCCCAGAUGGCCGACGUGGCUCGCUUCUGUAACCGCUACCCCAACAUCGAGCUGUCGUACGAAGUGGCAGAGAAGGACAACAUCAAAAGUGGGAGUCCAGUUCUGGUUCAGGUUCAGCUGGAGAGAGAGGAAGAGGUUACUGGGCCUGUCAUUGCUCCUCUCUUCCCCCAGAAACGUGAGGAGGGCUGGUGGGUGGUGAUCGGAGACCCCAAGUCCAACAGCCUCAUCUCUAUUAAGAGGCUGACUCUUCAGCAGAAAGCAAAGGUCAAGCUGGACUUUGUAGCACCAGUGAUGGGCGUUCAUAACUACACCCUGUACUUCAUGAGUGACGCGUACAUGGGCUGUGACCAGGAGUACAAGUUCAGCGUGGACGUGAAGGAGGCCGACAGUGACGGAGACAGCGACUCAGACUAAUCAGUAACUUGAUUGUUGCGGCCUCUGACAUUUUGUGUGAUAUAAAGGAUCAGUAGGUGGUUUUUCUUGUUAUCUUUUUUUUUUACUGUAGAUAUUCAGCCUGAUUGAUGUCUCUGUCUGUGAGUGUGUCAUUAUUCAUCCUCUAUGCUCUUCUGAAAAUAACAUUGUCAUUUUAUCCAGUGCAGUUUUUUCUCAGUUUAAAUCAACUGAAUGAUGUUCACCAGUCCAGAAUGACAGUGUACAGGAUCUGUUCACAGCUAAUAUAAUCACACAUGUAUUGCAGAUACAUGGUAAACUGAAGCUCCAGUCCUGGGGUUGAGUGUCCUAAGUCUAUUACACUUUGUGAACUGUCAGUUCUCAGGUCUGACUGAAACUGGAUAAGCAGUUAUAGAUUAGAAAACACAUUUAUCACGCUGGUCUGCCCUGUGACGUUUGGUUUGGUGCACUCUUACUCCAGAUUUGGAGUUUAAAUCCAAAAGAAAACUGUCCAGUUAUAUUUUUGGACUUCAGUUGUUUUGUUAUGAAAUCUAUUUCCUGGACUGGUCCAAGUGUUUUUAGUAUGAUGUCCUGUCUGGAAUAUUUUUUUCAAAUAAAGAGAAGCCACAGAA